UCCCAAAUUUCAGCUCCAAAAUUCUUUUCACUCUUCAAUCUCUCGUAGAUCCUCAUAAUAAACCCUAACCCUACCCUACCCUAACUUUGGGGUUUUAAUAAAAAUUUUCAAUUCUCGUCACAAAUUCAGUUAAUUUUUACAUUUUCGAAAUUUUAGCGAAUCAAAAUUGCGAUUCAGACCGACGAUCUAGAUGAUGAAAACUAGGGUUCUUUUACUCUGUUUUCUCAUCUUUUCGUCGAAUUUCUCUCAUUUGCAAUCGGAGGAACCGAAGACUAACAAGUUCCGUGAACGAGAAGCUACAGAUGAUUCCACUGCUUAUCCAAAUUUAGAUGAGGAUGAAUUGUUGAAUACACAGUGCCCUCAGCAUUUGGAGCUAAGAUGGCAGACAGAAGUUAGUUCUAGCGUGUAUGCCUCUCCCUUGAUUGCUGAUAUUAACAGUGAUGGGAAGCUUGAGGUUGUAGUUCCCUCUUUUGUUCAUUACUUGGAAGUUCUGGAAGGUUCUGAUGGAGAUAAACUACCAGGAUGGCCAGCUUUUCAUCAGUCUACUGUUCAUUCCAGUCCUUUCCUGUACGACAUUGACAGGGAUGGAGUGAGGGAGAUAGGUUUGGCCACCUACAACGGUGAGGUGCUCUUUUUCAGGGUCUCAGGAUACUUGAUGUCUGAUAAACUUGAGAUUCCUCGGUUGAAGGUUAAAAAAAAUUGGCAUGUGGGUUUGAGUUCAGACCCUGUGGACCGUUCUCAUCCAGAUGUCCAUGAUGACCAACUGAUCCAGGAGCAUCUGAUGGAGUCUGUAGCCCGUCAUGAUGUGUCCACUCACAGUGGCAACCAUUCAGACUCUACUACAUCAGCAAUUCACAAUGAGACGCAUUCUGUUCUGAAUGAAGUCCACCAUGAUGCAUCCAACGCUUCAAUAUCUUUGCCAUCAGAAGUUUCAUAUAACAAUUCGUCUACUUUAGAAGACCAAAAGAGGACAAAUAGUAGUCUAGGUGAUGCAGAAACUAACAUGGCUAACUCGAACAAUAGUAUUCCGAGUUCUGAAAACGAGAAAAUUAGCAAUUUGGAGAAUGGAACCAGUGCUGGAAGAAGACUUCUUGAAGAUGAUGUUUUGAAAAGAUCUGAGGGAAGUGCUUCUGGGUCAAAAGAUGUUGGAGCUGCGACUGUGGAAAAUGAAGAAGGCCUAGAAGCAGAUGCCGAUUCAUCUUUUGAGUUAUUUCGUGACAGUGAUGAGCUGGCAGAUGAGUAUAAUUAUGACUAUGAUGAUUAUGUUGAUGAGGACACGUGGAGAGACGAAGAAUUUCAGGAGCCAGAACAUGAGAAAUUGGAGGAUUAUGUGGAUAUUGAUGCUCAUGUUUUAUGUACACCUGUCAUAGCGGACAUUGAUAAUGAUGGGGUGUCAGAAAUGAUUGUUGCAGUUUCUUAUUUCUUUGACCAUGAGUACUAUAAAAAUUCAGAGCAUUCAAAGGAGCUUGGAGACAUUGACAUUGGAAAAUAUGUAUCUGGUGGUAUUGUUGUUUUUAAUCUAGAUACCAAGCAAGUCAAGUGGACUCAACAGCUGGACCUAAGUACUGACACGGGGAACUUCCGUGCCUACAUAUAUUCUUCCCCUACGGUAGUUGAUCUGGAUGGUGAUGGAAAUUUGGACAUUCUAGUUGGGACCUCUUAUGGCUUGUUUUAUGUCUUGGAUCACAAGGGGAAGGUGAGGGAUAAGUUUCCGCUUGAAAUGGCUGAAAUCCAAGGAGCAGUAAUUGCAGCCGAUAUAAAUGAUGAUGGCAAGAUUGAACUAGUUACUACAGAUUCGCAUGGCAAUAUUGCUGCAUGGACUGCACAGGGCAAAGAAAUUUGGGAAAAGCAUCUUAAAAGCCUUGUUCCACAGGGACCUGCCGUUGGUGAUGUGGAUGGGGAUGGCCAUACUGAUAUCGUUGUUCCAACACUUUCUGGGAAUAUUUAUGUUCUUAGUGGCAAGGAUGGCUCGUUUGUACGCCCAUAUCCUUACAGGACUCAUGGUAGAGUGAUGAAUCAAGUUCUUCUUGUUGACUUGACCAAACGUGGACAGAGGAAAAAAGGGCUUACAAUUGUCACAACUUCAUUUGAUGGUUACUUAUAUCUCAUAGAUGGACCUACAUCAUGUGCUGAUGUUGUAGAUAUUGGUGAAACAUCAUACAGCAUGGUCUUGGCUGACAAUGUUGAUGGUGGAGACGACCUCGAUCUUAUUGUGACAACCAUGAAUGGCAAUGUCUUCUGUUUUUCGACGCCUUCUCCACAUCAUCCCCUCAAGGCAUGGAGAUCACCUAACCAAGGGAGAAAUAAUGCUGCAUACCGAUUAGAUCGUGAGGGAGUCUAUGUAACUCCAUCAUCAAGAGCUUUCCGUGAUGAAGAAGGCAAGAGCUUUUGGGUUGAAAUAGAAAUUUUUGAUAGAUACAGAUAUCCAUCUGGGUCUCAAGCUCCAUAUAAUGUCACGGUGAGUUUGUUAGUACCUGGCAAUUACCAAGGUGAUAGAACUAUUAAGCAAAAUAAAAUAUUUGGUCAACCUGGAAAACAUCGGAUUAUGCUCCCAACUGUUGCUGUGAGGACUGCUGGGACUGUGUUGGUGGAGAUGGUUGACAAGAACGGGCUAUAUUUCUCUGAUGAUUUUUCCUUGACAUUCCAUUUUCAUUAUUAUAAGCUGUUAAAAUGGCUUCUCGUACUUCCUAUGCUGGGGAUGUUUGGUGUGCUUGUCAUUCUUCGUCCACAGGAGGCCAUGCCAUUACCAUCAUUUUCGCGAAACACUAACUUGUAAUGUUGCAUACACAUAAAAUUUGGCACAUUCCGGUUGUGGGUUAUAGAAGCUGAGGCAUUCUCUCCUGCUGGAACUUGAGCUGACAACCGCCUUUCAAGCCAGUGGGGGAAGUUCAGCUGUUCAACUGUGAGUAGACAUAUGUUGAACAAUAGGAAGAAGGGACAAUUGCCUUGAUCUGAUCUGAAUCUGAAUUUUGAGUAUACAAAAUCUGAGGUGUUUGUCAUUGUACCCUUCCCCAGGGGUAACAAACAGAUGGUGUUUUGACAUAUUCAAGCAAACAAUGAUUAUUUAUUGAACACAACAGUUUGUUUC